AUGGAUGCAGCACUGCCUGCCUACAUCAGAAAGUUUGCCAAAGUUCUCGAUGCGCUGGAGGAAGAUGCAAUGGUUGCCGUGAUAACCAUGACGGGCUCCUGCUGCCCCAUUACCACGGCGCAUUGCAACGCGUUUGACACCGCACGGAACGCUCUGCUCGGUGCAGAGGGUUUCCAGAAGCAGCCGAAUCUGGAGCAAUUCAGCGAAGUCUUGGGCAUGCUCUCGCUGAACAGCGACAAGCACGUUAACGAAAAAAUGGCCAGCAAGCACGAGAAGUCAGUGUCAUAUGCACACCGGGCAGAUCUCGUGAGGCUUGCCUCCGCCGAGGUGCCCUGGAUGGACUUCAAUCCUGGCAGAGAGCACCAUGUCAUUGGGCGCCUGCAAGCUGAAUGGCCGCACCUGCAGUUUGUCAGGUUUGCAUUGAACGGAGCAGACGAUGUCGUCAAGUACCGGAAGUGGAAGGGCGCGGGCCCUGAACACCGGUACAUCACCAUCGGCCGUCCCGGCUUCACAGACAAGGUUGUGCAGGGAGCGAGCAGCGAUGGUGUGGCUUUGGACCAAGGCUUCUUCAUCCUGGUCCCUGAGACAUCCACACCCGAGGUGGCCGAUGUCAGCUCAACCCUUGUCCGGGAGCUCCUGAGGGCAGGGGACCGUCACCUCGGCGGCAGAGGAAGGGGUCGGAGAGCCUUCUACUAUCUUCUACUUGCCACGGAGGGUACAGGCAAUGGGCCUGGAUGUUUUCAAGGCAUGAGCGCUUUGUAUCCCUGUGUUGGUCAGUCUCGUAAGCAGUCAUGGCCGCAGUGCCGCGGCCAGGUGUUGUAG